UACAUCUCCAUUCCUCUCAAACAAUCUCAUUCAUUUACUCUUUCUCUUCUCUCAAACUCUCUCUCUUUCUCUUUGAGAAAAAAAAAAAAAACAAGAAAAUUAAUGGAAACCAUGGAGGAAACUAGAAGCAUGAGUAGUAGCAAUGAUGGAGCUUUGCUACCUAUAAUCAAAGGCAAGAGAACAAAGCGCCACCGUGGAACACCAGUGGCAGCGCCGGCAGGAUCAUCAGCAUCAUCAUCAGAGUUCUCCGGAUCAACAACUGAAGAAGAAGAGGACAUGGCUAACUGCUUGAUAUUACUAGCACAAGGUGGCCGUGCUGAAGUGAAGCCGGAGAAGUUCACUAGCCGGAAGUUUACUGACGGUAAAGCCGGGUUUUGUGUCUAUGAAUGCAAGACUUGCAACAAAUGUUUCCCUUCUUUCCAAGCUCUUGGUGGUCACCGUGCUAGUCAUAAGAAACCGAAACUUAUUGCUUCAAUUACUGCUACAACUACUACUUCUCCGGUGGUGAUCACCGCCGAUGAGAAGAAGCCAGUGAAAGAAGAAGAAACUAGCAUGAAUAAUAGUUUUUUCAAACCGGUUAUGCCUGCUUUAAGAUCAAGAAUUCAUGAGUGUUCGAUAUGUGGAUCAGAGUUCAGUUCCGGGCAAGCUCUUGGAGGACACAUGAGACGGCACCGGCCGUUGGACACGCCGGAGCAGGUGGUGGUUCCGGAGGUGAAGAGGGAGAGAACUUUGUUAUCUUUGGAUCUAAAUUUACCUGCUCCUUCUGAAGAUUCACCUGCCAUUAACUUCCCUUUUGCAAGCAAGCAAUCUAUUGCUUUCUCUCUGUCUGCUGCUUUGGUGGAUUGCCAUUACUAAUUAGUGCUUGCCAAUUUUUAUUUUUAUUUUUCUCUUAAUUUUUCUUGUUUUUUUCAAUGAAUUUUUAUUGAAUUAUUAUGGGAGAAGUAUGUGAAUUAUAUGUUGUUUCAUUUUAUUAGUGCUAGCUGAUUGUUGAAGAAGAA